AUGCUUGCGAGUAAAAAGCAGAGUCUCGAGGGGACUUGUGCUGGAAAUUAUCUACAGACACAGGUUGUCGGUUUCUCCACCCACACCACCAGGACAUUGCAGUUUUUGCACAUCCAGUGCUUCAUCACUCCAAGCGGUGACUACGAAAUCUGUCUCCCCACGAGACCUACGUUCCACUUCCUCUUCCUCGAGAUGGAUGAUUUAAUUGAGAGACGAUUCAACAUCACCAAAUGUGCCUCUCGAAAACGCCUUUCUACCCAAAAGUGGCAGCAAUGGGAAACUGCGUGGCUCAAGCUCGUUGAGAGAGUCGCCAACCACACCAACGACCCUAUUGUUCUCAUCAAUAAUAGAUGCGAGACGAAAGGAUAUGGCAUCAACUGUAUCGAGGCAUGCAGAAAUCCGGCUUACCUCUUUGCGUCGGCAGACAGACUGUGGAACUGCGUCAGCCUGGCGACUCUUCACUUGACAACUUGGGGAAAUCCGGAUGUGAACAGAGUUCACGCCACUAUCAAUCAAGACGAUGAGGGCGAAGGAGACUCGGUCACGUACAAUAGCACACUCGAACUUGGAUCUAUCAUGAGCCAGAACUAUUGCACCAAAGACGACUUGGGGAUUGACAGUGACCUCGCAGGUCCAGGCUUAUUCAUUGCCUACCUCAUUCAAUUCUCGCUGUCCAUAUGGCCAUUCCGCACAUCAGAUGAUGCUGAAAAGACGGCACAGAAGUGGCAGGACACUGCCUCAAACAACCGCUUUGCUGGAGCUAUAACAUCGACCAUUGUUGACCUUCAAGAAGCUCAGACUCAAUACCUGGCCAUCAUCUCGGUUGUCAGCGUGGUGGCCUACGCCAGUAACAACACUCCAGGAUUUGGCAACGGACAUACAUUCCGCGCAUGGUAUAUAAACAAGGAACUCUUGGAUGACAUGAUAUCGAUCAGCAUCUACCCCAUUCUUUUCGUUCAAAUAGCUUUCCACAAGGCAGGCAACAGAUGGUGGUAUACCAUACUAUGGGUCAUUUUCACCUGGGUACUGACCUUUUUCGUCGUCUUCUCAUGGGGAGACAUGGGUGAAAUCCCGGAGCGGUUCCACAAAAGUGAUGGUCUAGAGUCUUGCGGACAGAAUCCUGGGCCAAAGCUUUACUGCAUGGGUUAUGAUGAAUCCUUUGAAAGGUUUGUCAACAAAGGGCUGACACCAUCACACCAGGUUAUGCUGCUCAACAAGCUUUCCUACUGGGCCAUACACGCCAUAAUUCCCAUCAUCAUCCUGGACUGGUGGUGGGAAAAGCCCCCCACGGAUGCGCAGCAACCGAACAAGCAGCCCCGUGGCUCUUUCAGCCAUGCACUGGACCCAUUCGUGGCUGUCAUAACAAACCGAGUCUCGCUGACCAUUUUGGAAAAGGCACUUGGUGAUGCCUAUGGAGGGGGUGAAGGUGACUCGGUCUUUGGUGGAUGGACCUAUGGGCAAUUUGUGGCCUUGUUCGUGUGGAUUCCCAUAGCCGGCAAGUUUCUGUCUCUUAUGAUCGAGAGGCGAGCGAACCAGUAUGUCAAAGUCAGUCCGGCACACGAAAACAAGACACCAGCAACUCGGACCGAAACAAGCGGGGUUAAAACCGAUCAGACUGAAACAAAUAAGCCUGAGAGCAGUCAUGUUGAAGAAAUCCCCAUGACGCCAGUGUCGCGAUGA